AUGGCCCCUAAAAUAUACACAGCUAGCGUUCCCCCUGUCUCCAUCCCCAACCACUCAAUAUUCACCCACCUCUUCUCCAACUCUCCAUACCCAGGAACUACUCCUGCUUUCAUUGACGCGUCCUCCGGGACAACUCUCACACGCGAUCAGCUUAAGCAACUCGCGUUCUCCCUUGGAUACGCCCUACGAACUCACCCGAACUUGGCUACCAAACGCGGCGACACAGUACUAAUCUACUCACAGAAUUCUUUGGUCUGGCCAGUUGUAAUCUUUGGUUCAGUUGCUGCUGGAUUAAGAUGCACUCUCGCCAACAGCGCCUACAACGCUAGAGAGCUUGCUUUCCAAUAUCAAGAUAGCGGAGCGAAAACCGUGUUUUCUAGCGAAGAUGGCGUCGCCACAGUCCUCGAGAUGUUCAAGCAACUCGGCUUGAGCAAGAGCGAGGCGGAGAAGAGGAUCGUUCUCAUGCCCAACGGUCUCCAAUGGGCGGGCGGGCCUGCCGUCGCCGUUAAACCCGAGUUGGCAGGACUCUUACAAGUUCCCGACUUGCUGACUCUGGGUGCUUUAAAGGAGGAAGAGAAAUUUGAAGGAUCCCAAGCAAAUGAGACUGUAUAUUUAUGUUACAGUUCUGGAACAACCGGCAAACCAAAGGGUGUUGAGACCACCCACAAGAACAUGGUGUCUGUUUUAGAGAUGGUGGCCGAAAUUUAUCCAAAGCUAACCUUUGGCGUCGACGCAAUGCUUGGUAUACUGCCUUUCUACCAUAUAUACGGGGCUGUCAAAUUGCUUCACUUUCCUUUCCUUCAUGGCAUCCCAGUUGCCAUCAUGGCUCGUUUUGACCCUGUCCAAUUCUGCGCAAACAUCGAGCGAUACAAGAUCACUCACUCCCUCAUCGUUCCCCCCGUCUUGGUCGUUCUUAAUCGCCAUCCAGCGGUUGAUCAAUACGACAUGUCUACAUUGGAGGUUUUGCUUUCUGGCGCUGCGCCAUUAGGUGCUGCGCUAACCAAACAGGUGAAAGCCUUGCCCCGAAUAGAAAAGAGAAAAGCAAACAAACCUCUGUAUGUCAUACAAGGCUACGGACUGACCGAAACCUCUCCUACGACACACGUACUUCAAACUCCUUACGCCAUAUCAAAGAUGGGAAGCAUCGGUACCAUGCUGCCCAACCUAGAGGCUCGACUCGUAGUUGACGGUGACGGCGAUGGCAAUAUCGACGCAGAGGAAGGUCAACCAGGAGAACUUUGGAUUCGCGGUCCAUCCGUCAUGAAGGGCUAUCUCAACAAUGUUGCCGCAACGAAAGACGCGAUCACCCCAGACAGGUGGUUCAAGACGGGCGAUAUAGCGACCAGAGAUCCAGAGGGUUUCUACUAUAUCGUUGACCGCCGAAAGGAACUUAUCAAAUACAAGGGUUUCCAAGUUCCUCCUGCCGAGCUAGAGAGUGUCCUAUUGACGCACCCCGAAAUCGCAGACGCGGCCGUUAUUGGCGUCGAUAGCGUCAAAGAGGCCACGGAACUUCCAAGGGCGUACGUUGUUGCCGCUCAUCCUGAGAACGUCAAGACCGACUCUCAGAAAGCUGCUUUUGCAGAGGGCGUCAAGAAGUGGAUUCAGCAAAAGGUGGCGAGGCACAAGUAUUUACGCGGAGGCGUCGUCGUUAUUGACGCUGUCCCUAAAAGUGCUGCUGGUAAGAUUCUUCGGCGAGAAUUGCGUGACCAGGCAAAAGAGGAACUCAAAGGCGUCGAUCCGAGUGACAAUGUCAAGGCCAAGCUUUGA